AUGUCUGCUCAGGCCUCCACCUCCUCGACCUUCGUCAUCCCCUCCGUUUUCACCUGGAGCAACACCAAUCAGCACGACCUCGAAGCCCAAACGAUUUCCGGCCGCCGCGAGCACUUCGACGUGCAGCUAUCAACCCCGCCCGUCGCAUUCACUCACGCACCUCGUACCCGGGCUGCCAGCCUUGAAGAGGGCACGAACGCGGUUGACGACUUCUUCGGCGCGUCCUCCUCUCGCUCGCCUCGCGGCACGCAGGACAGCCGCCACGACGCGGCAGCCUUGCCCGUGCACCACGACGACGCGCCGCCGCCGUACUCCUGCUCUUCCGCGCCUCCUGCGUACACGCGCUACGCGGAGCACCCCACCCUCGCCAUGUACCUCUUCAAGUUCGGCUUCCUGUUCCCUCUAUUCUGGAUCGCCGGCGCGCUCAUCCUCAUCUUCCCCUCCGCGCCCCCGAGGACUGGGAGCUCUCGAAGACGGAGCCGAGCGGGAGAGCUGAUCGAGAACAUGCGCGGUACGGAGAUCAAGUGGGCGAAGCGCUGCCUCAUCGCGCUCUCCGUCCUUAUCCUCGUCGUUCUCACCGUCGUGCUCGCCGCCGUGUUCCUGACGAGGACAUGA